CGAGUGCUGGUAGAGGUGGUGGCGGUGCAAUUGGUGUGGGGGCCAAUACCAAUGACAACAACAACAAUAUGGAUAAUACAAGCGAAGAAUCGAAUGCAGUGACAAUUUACAGGUGCCGGGCCCCAAUAGCGUCACUCGACUGCAUGGAGGAGUUCAGUGGUACGGGAGGUCAUCUUGAUUUCGGCCGUUCGAUAAGUUUGGGCUCGAAUCCGGCACUACCGUUACGCCAUGGCUCCACGCCGACGCCGGGCUUGCGCUACAAGAAUCUUGGCAAGAGCGGCUUGCGCGUCUCCAACGUCGGUCUGGGUACGUGGCCGGUCUUUUCGCCCGGAGUUAGUGACGAACAAGCCGAAGCCAUAUUGCGUUUGGCCAUCGAGAGUGGCAUCAAUUUGUUUGAUAUCUCAGAGGCGCAUUCAGAGACGGAAAUUGGAAAGAUUUUGCAGCGCACCGGCUGGAAGAGGACCGCAUAUGUGAUUACCACAAAAGUUUACUGGAGCACCAAAUCCGAAGAACGUGGCCUUUCACGCAAGCACAUUAUCGAAUGUGUUAAGGCGAGUUUGCAACGUUUGCAAUUACAAUAUAUAGACAUUGUGAUUAUACAUAAGGCUGACGCAAUGUGUCCCAUGGAAGAAGUGGUACGUGCCAUGAAUUAUGUCAUUCAGCAAGGUUGGGCAAUGUAUUGGGGCACAGCACGUUGGUCGCAAGUCGAAAUUAUGGAAGCCUACACAAACUGCCGUCAGUUCAACUGUAUUACGCCCAUUGUCGAGCAAUCCGAGUAUCACAUGUUUUGCCGCGAGAAAUGUGAACUGUAUUUACCCGAAAUGUAUAAUAAGAUUGGUGUGGGCCUAAUGGCUUGGGGACCGCUAUCGAUGGCAUUGGCCGAUACGCAAAAUGGAGAGAAACUCUUCUUGCCAAAGGGAUCAUUCAAGACGAAGAGCCAAAGUUAUUCAUGGACCGAGGAUGAAAUAAACCGAAAUGCGGCCUUAUCGCCACAAGGCAGUUGGGGUAAAGAUCGCGUUGACGAGGGACGUCGGCAUUGUGAUCGUUUGCGCGAUUUAGCAGCGCUGGCCGAAAAAUUGGGUUGCAGUCCAACACAGCUCUCCAUUGCUUGGUCGCUGAAGCAUGAGCCGGUGCAGUGUUUGCUUUUGGGCGCAACUUCGGCCGAACAAUUGCAUCAGAGUUUGCAAUCCUUGCAGCUACUGCCACGCCUCUCAACCAGUGUUAUGAUGGAGUUAGAGCGCAUAUUAGAGAAUAAACCGGUGCGGCCGCCAAUGAUAUCGACACUUGCACUUCGGUGACAAUCAGCCUGCCCUCAGGGGCCA